AUAAGUAUGAGACAACUAUAACCAUUUUGCCCACCUUCAGAUCUUAUCAAAAAAUCACAUAAAUUCUUGCUUCCUGCUUAAAUCCACCAUUCGGAACCUUCAACUCACAUCAAUUCAUACAAGACACAUUCACUUCCCUUACAGAUCGCCUUUCCCUCUCUACGACCCCUCCAACCUUCACGAUGGUACAAAACAAAUCUCUCGUCCUGGCAAAGAACCCAGUUGGCUUCCCAAUCCCUGGCUCUGACUUAACCAUCACCUCUUCCGAAUUCGACCUCAAUCAGCCCCUCCCCCGCGGCAGCCUCAUCGUAAAAACAAACUACCUCUCCUUCGACCCCUACCAACGAGGCCGCAUGCGCCCAGGAACUGGCCUCUACGUAACCGGAUACCCCCUCAACGAACCCGUCACCAACAACGCCAUCUCGACCGUCAUCUCGUCCUCCAACCCACGCUUCAAAGCCGGCGACGUCAUCCUUGGAGACGCAGAAUUCUCGGAGUAUCAAAUCAUCCCGAAAGAAAGAGCGGAUCUUGAGCAAGCACCUGGUGGCGGGAACGCUGGAGUUAGUCUGUUGAAGAAUCCGCUAGGCUUGGACCCGAAAUUAUUUUUGGGCGCGCUGGGAAUGAGUGGGUUGACGGCUUACUCGAGUCUGUACGAGAUUGGGAAGCCGAGAAGAGGAGAGGUAAUCUUUAUUUCUGCUGCUAGUGGCGCUGUUGGGCAAAUCGUUGGGCAAUUGGCGAAGAGGGAGGGGCUGAAGGUUGUCGGGAGCGUGGGGAGUGAUGAGAAAUUGAAGUUCAUUACGCAAGAGCUCGGUUUUGAUGCGGGGUUUAAUUAUAAGAAGGAGAACCCGGUAGAGGCGUUGAAGAGGAUUUUGGGAGAGCUCGGGGAGCAGGGACUGAAUAUUUAUUAUGACAAUGUAGGCGGUGAGCAGUUGGAUGCUGCGCUUUUCGCUUUGAGCACGGGUGGGAGAGUCGUAUCUUGUGGCAGCGUCUCGCAAACCAGCAAAAAACCAGGCGAGACUCACGGCAUCCAGAACAUGCCGCUGGUUGUUGGCAAGGGAUUGACGAUUAGAGGUUUUCGGGUGUUUGAUGCUGAUAUGGGAGGGAAGUAUAACGAGGAGCAUCAGAAGAAUAUGCAGAAGUGGAUUAAGGAUGGAGAGAUCAAGAUUAAGAUGGCGGUUACGGAUGGGAUUGAUCGUGCUGCUGAGGGGCUGGUGGGGAUGUUGAAGGGGGAGAAUUUUGGGAAGGCGGUGUUGAGGAUUGCUGAGCUUUGAUGGAAUGUUCUGGAGAGGCAUCUUGCUAUAUCCGAGGCGUUGAUAUCGGAUAUCCUAGCAAGUAAGUCGUUGUAGUUUACUCAAAUGCCUCCCUGAAGUUGGUGUGAGAUUAACCCGCCGAAAAUCCGGCAAGCUGGUAGACUCCGAGUGAGAAUUCAACUACCUUUGC